AUGGAAACGCAAGUCCUGGGCACCAGGAAUCUCCACGAAGCCCUCGAUCGCCUUGCGCAGUCCGACGCCGCGCUGGAUCCGGCGUCCUAUGGUGCUCUUCUCAAAGAAUGUGGCAAUGCCAGGGAGCUGGCGCUGGGCAAGCUCGUCCACUCUCACAUCGCCAAGCACGGAUCAUCCGACAGAGACACAUUCCUGGGGAAUUUCUUGGUUCACAUGUAUGGGCGGUGUGGAAGCAUCGACGACGCGCGCAGGGUCUUUGAUAGAAUCCGGCUGCGCAACGUCUUCUCUAGCAACAUCAUGAUCGCGGCAUUUACCGAGAAUGGGGAUCUUGCUAGCGCGAAGAACCUGUUCGAUCGAUCGACCGUGAAGAACACCGUGACAUGGAACGCAAUGAUCAAUGCGUACGUGGGCGCUGGCGCGAUGGAAGAAGCUAAAGAUCUGUUCAAGGCGAUGCCAGUGAGAGACGUCGUUUCGUGGAGCGCGAUGAUCAAAGCAAAUGCCGGGAGAGGGGAUUUGGAGAUGGCGAUUCUUCUGUUCAAGCUCAUGGAUCUAGAUGGAGUGCGGCCGAAUCGCGUGGCAUUCAUGUGUGUGCUCGAGGUGUGCGCUGAUCUAGAGGCAAUCACGCUGGGGAUCACGAUCCACGAGCUCAUCCGGGAGGCAGGGCUGGAAUCCGAGACGAAGAUCGCGAACACGCUCAUCCACAUGUAUGGGAGCUGCGGGAGCAUCCAGAAAGCCAGCGAGAUCUUCGAAUUGAUGCCACACAAAUCCACAGUCUCGUGGAAUUCCAUCGUCUCGGCCUAUGCCUGGAGUGGAGAUCUCGAUCAAGCCCAGCGCCUGUUCGAUCGGAUGCCCAGCGCGACGUGGUGUCGUGGAAUUCGAUGCUCGUGGCGUAUUUCCAGAACGGGCAUGGCGAUCGAGCUCUGGAGCUGUUCUUGGCGAUGGAUCCCUCGCUGCAAAACGAGGUCACAUUCGUGA